UCUCACCCAAGUUGUCAGAGACCUUGUUGUAGGAGAAACAAUGUUGAAUUGGGGUCCUGUUUUUGUGGCAAUGGUGCUGUUCGUGCUGCUAACACCAGGGCUGCUGUUUCAGCUGCCAGGCAACCAGAGGUGCUUGGAGUUUGGCAACUUUAAGACAAGUGGUCCUUCGAUUCUGGUCCAUUCCCUGCUGUAUUUUGGGCUCAUUUGUGUCUUCUUUAUUGCCAUUAAGGUUCACUUAUAUCUCGGUUGAUGAUAAAUGUUGUCAUGUAUAAUUUGAUUAAGGAUGUUGUGGACUAUUAUCUUAUUCCAUGCCAAUUGUAAUUUCGUUAUGAUUGCUUGUUUCAUGUUCUAAUGUUGAGUCAUGAGCUUAAUGCGUGGAAAUUUUAAGCUCUUUUAUAUUGUUGUUUCUGUUGUGUCU